CGACGGUGGGCCGGGCGGGUGCCGGCAGUCAGUGCAUGACGGCCUGAGGUUUGUAUCGAUAUCGUAUCUCCGCGCACGGUCCGCUCGCUCGCGACAGGGAAAGGGAGAAAGAGAGACAGAGACGGUUCCCGGGGGCCGCGCGACUCCGUGACGUUACUACGACGCGAGCGGAUCGUUCGUCGCGCGUCGUUCCCGAAUCCCGCGUAUACUCCGAAAUUUCUCGGCUACGAAAUUCGCGCCGUAAAAGGGAGGCACGGACGCGCAGUGCGUGACGAAGAAGGUGUGUGACGGUAAUCGUCGAAUUUACGCCGCCAGACGGAUUCGGCGGAGCCUACACACCGGCGGUGAGAGGAGAGACGUGAGAGAAGGCGGGAGGGUGGAGAGGACGGAAGUGCGCGACGAGUCAUCCCGUUCGAAAACGUGGAUUAACGUACACGGCUCACCGAUUAUUAAUAAAAUACGCGUAUCUCUCUCUUGCAAUGCAGUAAAGUGCAUAUCGCGCGUGUCGGGAGUGCCGUUUAAAGUAAAGUACCGCGCGAUUCUCAUAUUCGAAUAAUAAUUACGCUCGUAUAAUUAACUACGUUUUCGCGAGUGAAGGAACUUGUGCGACAAAGGAAACUGAGAGGAGGAGGAGGCAUCGGGCGACGGCAGAACAAUCACGAAGUUCAACAUAGUUAGCAUCGCCAGCUCUGCCGCUGCGCGUCGGAUCGGAAAAACGAUUCAACGGACAGUCGGCUCGUCAUGGAGCGAUACGAGGAAGAAGCCGAGGACAGCGACAACGAGACAGAUCCUGAACAGCUUCUGAACGAGUGGCUAGGCGAGUUGGACAGCCUAACUGUGGGUCUUGACAACGUGAGCUCGGCGACCCUCAGGCCCUUUAACUCGGACAUCAACACACCGAGGAUCGACAGCUACAGGUUCUCCAUGGCGAAUCUCGAAGAUUCCCAAGAUGUCGACCUGGAUGCGAUCCUCGGUGAAUUGUGCGCCUUGGAGCGACGUUGCGACGGAGACAUCGCCGCUACUCCCGCACCAGAUUCACAAAGGCCAGGACGACCCACCAGCGCGAGGAUCAACCCAGGCGACAACACCGAUAUCAAAAAUGAAGGAGGUAUGCGCACUGAUAGUCCUGAUAAUGACAGUGCGUUCUCAGACACGGUGUCCAUGUUGUCCAGCGAAAGUUCGGCGAGUAGUAGUGGUUCCGGACACAAGCCACCUCAGACCGCCAUGCACACAGCUCCUCAGCAGCAAUCGCACCAGUUUGUCGAUACAGCGAGUAAAGCGAAGGCAGAGAAAAUCCGCCUGGCGCUGGAGAAGAUGCGCGAGGCGAGCGUACAGAAGCUCUUCAUCAAAGCGUUUACGCUGGACGGUAGCGGUAAAAGCCUCUUGGUCGACGAAGGGAUGAGCGUCGCGCAUGUGUGUAGGUUGCUCGCAGACAAAAACCAUGUUCCAAUGGAUCCGAAGUGGGCCGUGGUCGAGCAUUUGCCCGAUCUCUUCAUGGAGAGGGUUUACGAGGACCACGAAUUAUUGGUGGAAAAUCUUCUACUAUGGACCAGGGAUUCCAAAAACAAGUUACUUUUCGUCGAGAGACCAGAUAAAACACAGCUAUUUCUCACACCCGAACGAUUCCUUCUCGGUCCCACAGACCGCGGUGGUGGCGAGUACGACGACCACUCGAGAAAUAUUCUAUUAGAAGAGUUCUUCUCAAGCAGCAACGUCGGCGUACCCGAGGUCGAGGGUCCGCUGUACUUGAAAUCGGACAGCAAGAAGGGUUGGAAGAGGUAUCACUUUAUUUUACGAGCCUCCGGUCUUUAUUACUGGCCGAAGGAAAAGGCACGCACCGCUCGAGAUCUCGUCUGUCUGGCAACCUUCGACGUUAAUCAGGUUUAUUAUGGCGUUGGCUGGCGAAAGAAAUACAAAGCGCCUACCGACUUUUGCUUCGCCGUAAAGCAUCCACGACUGCAACAGCCCAAAUCCACCAAGUACAUUAAAUUCCUCUGCGCGGAAGAUAACGCAUCUUUGGAGCGAUGGAUAGUUGGCAUCCGCGUGGCGAAGUACGGCAGGCAGCUAAUGGAAAAUUAUCGGGCGCUCGUGGACGAGCUGGCGCAGGAGGAUUUGGACUUACUGGCACAUGCCAGAUCGUGCUCGGUCAGUUCUAUUGCUGCACCGCCAAAUCAGACCCAGUAUAAUACGACAAAUGACAACGCCAGACAGUUUGCGGAGAACGUAAGGCACAGCAACGAAACGACAGUUGCUACGACGAGGCAAUACGAUGGUCAAAGACAGAGUUAUAAUUCGGAACAACGGCAGAGCUAUAACAACGACGGCAGGUUGAGCAGAGCGAGCAGCUCUAGCUCCAGUGGAUGUUUGUCUGAUGGGGCACCGAGUAGUUGUGAGGUGGCCUUCGAAUGCGGUGAAUUUCCAACCGGUACGAUAAAGCGGAAGCCGUCUAUGAAUCCGAAGUUGCCUCUCACAUCAAUUACGAGGCAAUUGAAGGAGGUCGGCGAAACUGUUCGAGACGAACCAGACUCCUGCCCAAGCCCGACAAGUUCGGGAUCCGGUACGCUGACUAGAAGGCACAGUCGUCGGCGAAGUGGCACUGACUCUGACGGGUCCGGAACAUUGAAGAGACAUCAUAGAUCUGGAAACGCGACACCAGUCAGCCCAGUACCUCCUAGCACGCCGGUGAGAGAGAGAGCGAGUCCUAUGGGAUACAGCAGAUCGGAGAGCCAGGAAUCAUCGAAAACGCCGACGAGUCCGAUACAAGCGUGCAUGAUGGAUUCGAUUACCUCGCUGCCACCGCCACCAUCACCGUCGAGAGUUGCCGAAGAAGUUGAGUCCGAUAGCGAACCGCUUCCGCCACCACCUCCCGAAAUGUUCCGAUCGAAUCUCUCGCUGGACUCCCUGCCACCGCCGCCAGCGCCCGGUGAACUUCCGGUUUGCAACACACCGGAACUCACGGGCUCCUCGUUGAGCCUCGCGUCUCUACCGCCACCGCCCAGUCCGCUCGUCGGCGAAACCGGAACGAUACGUCGCGCUAGACCGAAACAGUCCACCCCCACGAACUCUGUCACUCCCGAGAGCACCCCCACGCAUAAUCCUAACCCCAGGUCACAAGCCAAUCAAAUGUACACAAAUAGUAUCGCGUUAAACAACAACUCAGUCCAGAAUUACAAUUCGAACGCGUCCCCGAAUGUUCAUGCGAACAACACCGCCAAUUCCGUAUCCUCUCCACACAACAGUUCCUAUCCAGGAUCGACGGCAAGUACGCCGACCUACACCCCAAACUCGCCUAAUUUCACAUCGCCGCCACCCUUCGUACCGCCGCCGGCUUAUGGUGCUCAACCGCCACUUACCAAUUCCCAGAGUCUCGGCCGGCAAAAUUCCAAGGUCGAAUCGAUAUACCAGACCGGUCAUCACAACACGAUCCAGCCGAUUAGGCCAAAUCCCAACAUGGACACCGUCCGACGUAGUGCUAUGAAACAAGGAACUGGCCAUUACGCAGCACCGCCUUAUCUGGCCGAAUUAAAGGCUGCCUCCAGUCCGCAACCGCAACGACGAGUGACCAUCCAAGAACCACCGACGUCGCCCAAGUCGAAGACCGGAACCGGCAAGAAGAUCUCAUUCAAUCUGCCGCCCCAACAGGAACCCGGCAGUCCCGCAUUACCACAACGGAAGCCGACGCCGCCUAGAAGAUCCGACAGCACCAGGCUUACGUCACCGAAGAAGCUGGCAGCGUCUGAUCAGGCGCCGCCGGGCGAUUUCCUCAAAGAUCUCCAGAGAGUGAUGAGAAAGAAGUGGCAAGUUGCUCAGAAGUGCAAGUUAGAUUCAACGACGACGCCGCACGAGGUGCUCGGUUUCCGGGACCCACCUCCUGCCGUGGCCGAUUACAGAGAGACUAAUGUGUCCAAUUGGGUACAGGAACACUACGGCGCGGAUAAUCUGUAUGAGAAUGUAUACGCGACGGAUCCCCACGGACCAGUCGAGUACGCGUCCAGCCCGGCCAGACAGACGGUGAGGUUCGCGGAUGAAAACCGCAGCAUGAACAUUGUUAAUGCAAUCGCCGGCAAGAGACGGCCGCCACCGCCGCCGCCCAAGAGGGCCGAGACCACGCAUCUUACCACCACCAGGGCGAUGCACUGACAAUAGCAGAUAAUCCAGCCCCA